AUGGCGUCCGAGGAUGUGAAGACUAGUGGGGAGGCUGCUGUUUCGACGAUCGUGAAUCUCGCUGAGGAGGCUAAGCUAGCUAGUGAAGGUGUCAAGACGCAAGGCCCCGCUUUCCUCAGUAUCUGCAAGUCCCUCGUCGCCGGUGGAGUCGCUGGAGGAGUGUCCCGCACAGCUGUUGCUCCUCUAGAAAGAUUAAAAAUUCUACUCCAGGUCCAGAAUCCACACAGCAUAAAAUACAACGGUACAAUUCAGGGCUUGAAGUACAUUUGGAGGACCGAGGGUUUCAGAGGACUGUUUAAAGGAAAUGGCACGAACUGUGCUCGCAUCGUACCAAAUUCAGCCGUCAAGUUCUUUAGUUAUGAGGAAGCCUCAAAGGGUAUAUUAUGGUUCUAUAGGCGCCAAACUGGAAACGAUGAUGCACAGCUUAGUCCUGUUCUACGUCUCGGUGCUGGUGCAUGUGCUGGUAUAAUUGCCAUGUCAGCAACUUACCCAAUGGACAUGGUUAGAGGUCGCCUAACUGUCCAGACAGAUAAGUCUCCCCAUCAGUACAGAGGUAUCGUCCAUGCUCUUUCAACUGUUCUAAAGGAAGAAGGCCCCCGUGCACUAUACAAAGGCUGGCUUCCAUCGGUCAUUGGAGUUGUACCGUACGUGGGUCUCAACUUUGCGGUGUACGAGUCUCUGAAAGACUGGUUGCUGAAAUCCAACACAUUCAACCUGGUCGAAAACAACGAACUGAGUGUAACGACGAGGUUAGCAUGUGGAGCUGCAGCUGGAACUGUCGGUCAGACAGUAGCUUACCCACUCGAUGUCAUUCGACGGAGAAUGCAAAUGGUAGGAUGGAAGGAUGCUGCUUCGGUCGUCACUGGGGACGGAAGGGGCAAAGCACCACUUGAAUACACCGGUAUGGUCGACGCCUUCAGGAAAACCGUUCGCUACGAGGGGUUCGGUGCCUUGUACAAGGGUUUGGUCCCUAAUUCAGUAAAGGUUGUCCCAUCCAUAGCCAUUGCAUUUGUGACGUACGAGAUGGUGAAGGAUGUUCUUGGGGUCGAGAUGAGGAUUUCCGACUGA